ACAUAUACACAGCUCGAGUAUUUUCGUGGAGGAUGUGCUGGCUGUGUGAACCCCUGGAAGAGCGAGAGCCGCGGAUUUAUUCCCCCUCCUCCUCAUCCUCCUCCUCCUCCUCAGCCUGAGGAGCUCCUAUUAAGUUAGUGUGUUUCUCCAGUUGGUUUACUGUGAGGAAGAGGAGACCUCGGUCUGUGUCUCCGGGUUUCUCUCCUGAUAUUCACCUGUUUCACAGCGGAAAUGGGAGCGAGACACUUCACCGUGUUUGUGCUGAAUACCGCGGUCUUCGUGCACGUGUCCUUGCAGGGGCAGCACCAGAGGCGUUUGUAUAAGGACCUGAUGAGGAACUAUAAUCCCUUGGAGAGACCCGUCUUUAACGACUCCCAGUCUCUAACUGUGCACUUCAGCUUCAGCCUGAUGCAGAUCAUGGAUGUGGAUGAAAAGAAUCAAGUUCUGACCACUAACAUCUGGCUACAGCUGUACUGGGUGGAUUAUUACCUGCAGUGGAAUGUAACAGACUAUCCUGGUGUGGCCAAUGUGCGAUUUCCUGAUAAUCAAAUCUGGAGGCCAGAUAUUCUGCUCUACAACAGUGCUGAUGAGAGGUUUGAUGCUACUUUCCAUACCAACGUGCUGGUCAACUCCUCAGGCUACUGCCAGUAUCUACCACCAGGAAUCUUCAAAAGCACCUGCUACAUAGAUGUUCGCUGGUUUCCCUUCGAUGUGCAGCGGUGUGAUCUGAAGUUUGGCUCGUGGACGUAUGGUGGCUGGUCUCUGGAUUUGCAGAUGAUGGAUGCAGAUAUCACAGGAUACAUUGCCAAUGGGGAGUGGGACCUAGUGGAGGUUCCUGGUCGACGGAAUGAGAAGUUUUAUGACUGCUGUAAGGAGCCGUAUCCUGAUGUUACCUUCACAGUGGUGAUGAGAAGGAGAACCCUGUACUACGGACUGAACCUCCUCAUCCCCUGUGUGCUCAUCUCCACCCUCGCACUCUUAGUGUUCCUGCUGCCCGCUGACUCAGGGGAAAAGAUUUCACUGGGAAUCACUGUGCUGCUGUCUCUGACUGUCUUUAUGCUCCUGGUGGCUGAAAUCAUGCCAGCAACAUCAGACUCAGUGCCACUGAUCGCUCAGUACUUUGCCACCACAAUGGUGAUCGUAGGGCUUUCAGUCAUUGCUACAGUGCUCGUGCUACAGUACCAUCACCAUGACCCAGACGGUGGCAAGAUGCCAAAAUGGACUCGUGUGCUGCUGCUGAACUGGUGUGCGUGGUUCCUGCGCAUGCGGAGGCCCGGCGAGGAGCGAGUCCGCUCAGCCUGCCACAACAAGCAGCUGCACAGGGGCAGCGUGUCCAGCGUGGAGUUGUCCGUCAGCCAGGGGGCGCUGCAGCCCAACAACAGCAACAUGCUCUACAUCGGCUUCAGGGGCAUGGAAGGUGUCCACUACACCACCUCACCCGACUCCGGGAUGCUCUGCGGCCGCAUCAUGGGAGGCAGUGAGGAGGACGUGCUGUUGCCGGGAGCAACAGUGUCAUCGUAUCAAGGCAGGGUUGGAGUUGGAGGCAGAGUCACCGGAGGAGUUGUGGGAGGAGCCACAGAGACUGAAUUAGCCAAGAUUCUGGAGGAACUGAGGUACAUUGCGAGGAGAUUCCGUAACCAGGAUGAAGACGAGAGCGUGUGUAACGAGUGGAAGUUUGCUGCAGCUGUCAUCGAUCGUCUCUGUCUGAUGGCCUUCUCCAUCUUCACCAUCCUCUGCACUUUUGGCAUUCUUAUGUCUGCACCCAACUUUGUGGAGGCCAUCUCUAAAGACUUCUUUAAUUAGAACUGAAGUGUUGUAAAGACUCGCAGUGGAACGAUCUUAAAACCACAGCACAGCAACCCAACUUUCUUCAACAAACCACUAACAAUUACCAAUGACCUGAUGUUGGCAAUUGUUUUAGAUGAAACAGUGGCUGACAGUGGCUUGCAUUUUAAGGCAGUGUAAAAUUGCUAAAUGUUCUCUUAACUCAUAAGAGCCCGGACCCAGUACUUCAUUCAUUUAUUUAUUUAAAUUUUUUAUCUAUUUAUUUUAUUUUUUAAUUUAUUUCUUUUUCUUUUUGUAUUUAUUUAUUUACAAAAUUACAUAAUCAGAUAAAUUAAGCAGUUUAAUUGAGCUGCUCAUUAGUGUUUAUUCUUGCUGUGACAACAUGGUCACAUGACUUCUGUAAAUAGUUUAGUAAUAUGGAGUAUUUUUGUUGUAUUUCCAGAAAUGGGGUCAGAACUGGUAAUAUACUGUAUGUAAUACAUCACAUAUUAUUAGAGCAUUUAGAUUGUGUAAUAUCUUGGAACAUACCUUUAUAAUGAGCUGUUUAUUUCUCGAGCGCUAAUCGAGCACAUCUACAUUCUGUAAAUAAGGUCACAUGAUCACACAUUCACAUACUGUCCCGUGAUGCACUCAGGAUGUUCAGUAUAUGUCGCUUAGGGACUUCUUUAGUUAAACUGAAUGAGUGCUGUAAAAAACUGUAGGGAAGCUGUAAAGGUCUGUGAUACACGUGUUACCUUGGGCUCUUUUUGGGUUAAGGACACGUAGCAGAAAGGCAGAAAAAUUCAUAUGUAUAUUUUGAUGAUGUUGAGAUAAAGCACUUCAUUAAGCAUAGAUUAUUAAAAAAAAUUGUUUGCAAAAGUAGGUGCUAUUCAUUAUCUGGUUUUGCAAAUUACCUCUUCGUUUAUCAUCUAAUAAGUCCAGAUAUAUGGUACAAAUAGCAGUGAAAUGCAUUGAUGUCUGCCUGAUCACAUAAAACAAAUACAAAAUAUAAAACUAGAUACAAAUAUGUGAAAUAGCAUAAAAUGAAUUGACAACAAAUAGUUGCAAAAAUAUAUAUAAAUACUGUUCAAACAACAGAACGAAUAAACUGUAAAAUUUAUUUCAGCUUCUCCUCAACCAUGGUCCACAAUAUAGUUUCAUGCAAGCAAGCUGCACAGAGACAGCCAUCUUCAAGUAAUUUUACAUAUCUUUUUAAAUAUUUGAAAUUUGAAUUUGAAGUCACAAAUUUUGAGCUACUGUUUUGGUUUAAAUUUAAUAUAUAAUAUGGAAUCAAUUCUGUAUGGAAUUUAGCAGCUCCCUCAAUCGGUGUCAAUGAAUGGCUGAUAUAGUUGAAGGACGAUCUGCGAUUAUGAUGUACUAUUUAAACUUUUAGGACCAAACCCAUAUAAAACAGCAUAUUAUCAGUCUAUUGCAAAAAAAAGUUGCACAAGCUGUUCUAGUGCAUUACUAGCAUUGAUUGCUAGGCAGGUAGCUAACAUAAACAUACCCACAUAUUCUGUAGCUAGCGUACCUGAAGCUAAAUUACACCAUUUGUACACAAAGACACUCAGGCCUAAUAUAUACAAUGUUUAUGAUCACUUCUUUCCCUUCUUUCUGUUCUAGCUUCCUGAUGGACAACUCCAUUGGGUUAUUAUGGGUAAGUUGGGGUAUUGGAACUAGUGGGAGGUGCCCCCUUAAGGGAGAUUCCAAAAACACUGUUGAUGUACUUUCCUGCACUGACCGUCACAGAAUUUAAACAGGCGCUCACACAGUUUGUUACAUUCAAUUCAUAACCAGUAAUUUCCUGUGGCCCCAGGCCAGAUUGGGGUCCUAGGCUUUUGAUUGGUUUGCUUGCCUUGUUGCAACGGGCCUGAUUUAGAAUCAGAUGACAAAUAUCUUAAAUGUUAUUUUAGAUUUAAUAUUACCUAUAAAACAGUGUAUAUGUAAACAUUAUAAACAACAUUAUAUAUAUUUUAUCAUCAUUACACAGCACUUUGAGGGCAAUAAGAGACAAUUAAAUUAUAUACAAUUUAUCAGUUUUCUGUUUAUUAUUUGAAAUCUGUGGAUGUUGUAAAGAGCCUGUAUUUUAUAAUAAUUUGAUACUGAUUAAUAAGGAAUCAAAUGUUUCAAUUAUUAAUAACACUGAAAGUAUAAAAUGGUGGUGUAUUUUAGAUGCAAAGUACACUGAGAAAGGAACUGAGUUUAAUGUGUAAGUGCUAAUGCUGGAUGUAUGAAGAAGAGUCAUUGCAGUUCUAUAGAAAGGUUUUAAUUUUUCCAUAAAAGUUACAGUAAUUUUACUUGAGUAGGAAUUUUUGUUUACUGUCUUUAAAACAGUCCAUGCUAUUGGUUUAUACACACCAGUUGCACUGAUUUACCAAUUACUUUCUCCCAGUUUACAGCAAUACACACAUUUUUUAAGGUAUCCUGUUGUGAACUGUAUAGUUAAGUGUUGUUCAGUAUUGAUGUCACAGUGCGUUGGUGUAGGUGUGCAGUAGAGUGUUGAGGUCAUUUUUGUAUGUAAGAUGUUUGCUACUAGAUUUCUUCUCCUUUUUGUCCUUCAGGAAGCGUCAGUGUUUCAUGCUAUAUAAACUUUAUUCAGAUUAAAUCAUUCCCUCCAAAAAACAGCACAAAAUCACUAAAAUGACUGUACUGUUGUUGACUGUACAGACAGUAGAAUUUAAGUUAAUCACCACAGUGUUAAUUCCUUGUUGUGAAUAGCACACACAAGUGCAGUCAAGCACACAAAGAAAAAGAGUUCAGCUUCAGCAUUUUAGUCCUGUAUUUGCGUUUUCUCAUGUCUGCAUUUUCUUUUCUCUAUUCUCAUGUUUGGGCAUUUGUGCAUUCCAGUUUUGUGAACACUUUACAAAUAAAUGUAUUUUUAUAAAUGUCA